GUCCGCUCCCCGAGAGGCGUCCCGGAAGAGUUAGGAGACUUUCAGAAGUGCCCGCCCGCUUCCCUCCUAGAGGCGCACUGCCCCGGAAGUGUCAACUUCUUGCCUAAGAACUGGAAAGACUGACUAGUUUGAACAUGGAAAACCAAGAACCAGUGGAUUCUUCUGGAAAAACCAAACAGUUUACUAUUUCAGAGGAGUUAAUUGCAGAAGGAAAAUGGGUCAAGUUUGAAAAAACAACUUACAUGGAUCCUACUGGUAAAACGAGAACUUGGGAAACUGUGAAACGUGCAACCAGGAAAGGACAGUCGGCUGAUGUUGGACUUCCAGGUCUCAUAGAUGAUAAUGAAAGCCCAGAAGCAGCUGCUCUGCGAGAGCUGGAAGAAGAAACUGGCUAUAAAGGUGAUGUUGCUGAAUGUUCUCCAGCUACAUGUAUGGAUCCAGGUUUGUCAAACUGUACCACACACAUUGUGACAGUAACCAUUAAUGGAGAUGAGGCUGAAAAUGUAAGACCCAAGCCAAAUCCAGGAGAUGGAGAAUUUGUGGAAGUGAUUUCCUUACCGAAGAAUGACCUGAUGAAGAGACUUGAAGCACUGGUAACUGAAGAACAUCUGACAGUGGAUUCUAGGGUCUAUUCCUAUGCUCUGGCGCUGAAACAUGCAAAUACCAAGCCAUUUGAAGUGCCCUUCCUGAAAUUUUGAGGCCAGAGGAGAGUAGCCAUGUUUUUGUUUUAUAAACGAGGCCAUAAGGUCUCCUUCACUGAGACUUUGUAUUCAGCUAAGUUUGAUGGAAAUGUAAAAUCACCUUUUUCAUAAAAUAAGAGCAACAAAAAAUGCA